AUGGCUUUCGCGUGGAAAACCGCCGGUAUCUCCUACAACCGCUACAUCGCCAUCGCAUCGCGCGUCGUGCGUCGCUCGCUCAAGGAGGACAAGCGCAUCAUCGCCGAGCGACGCGGCGUGAGCGAGCUCCGGUUCGCCAAGUGGGAGAAUGGCAAGCAGGGCGAGAGCAAGGAGUUGAACGCUGCGGCUAUCCAGGCUCAGGUUGAGGCUACCCAGUCAUCGUAG